UAUGCAUUCAAGAAGGGAUAAUACAAGGAAGGGUCCAGGUUAUGCGGUGCCCGUAAAUGUUGAAGUACAACCUGAUAUGCCAGUCUUGGAAAACUUACCAAAUGUUGUUGGUCUGGAGCAAGAUAAUGUGGUUGAACAAGAAACCUCCAGUUCGACCGAUAUGCAUGCAAGAAGAGGAAAUAAAAGGAAGUAUCCAGAGUAUCCAGAGGAUGCGGAUAAAACGAAAGUGCCGCGUAUCGAGACUAUGUCUUCCAUUGCAACUCCAACUAGCACAGUGACUCGUGGGUUGGAUGCAGCAAUGCCCGUAGAAGCUGUAUUUGAUGAGGUAGAACAACCUGAAAUGCCAGCCGUGGAAAACUUACCAAUUGUCACUGGUCUGGAGAAAGAAAAUAUGGUUGAACAAAAAACCUGCAGUUCGUCCGAGAGUGAUCCACCUGGAGUUUUUGAAGCUUUGGAAGAGGAUUGCUAUAUUUUCAACCUUGAAAUUGUCAACUUGUACUGUUCAAAGAAAUGGUUCAAAACACGUAAGGAUCAAAGUUGUUUUUUAUAGAAAUAGAUAAAACGAUUAAAAGACAUAAAUUUU